CUGGCCAGGCCCCCGGACAGGCAGCAGCAAGGAAGCUCGACAGCCAGAUAGUCAGGUUCCAAAGGUCAUCACCGGAUUCUUCGCCAGACCACAUCCCCAACUGGGCGUCUCAACCAGCGCCAUGGCCCCAACUCAGUCGCCUCCGCAGGGCGACGUCCAGAUUCCCAUCCUGGAACAGCAAGAAUGCAUCAUGAUUGCCUUCUUAAUCUUUUGCCUCGCCAUGAUCUGCGCGGUAUACUGGGGCGAACGGCGGCCUGUCGGCGAGAACACCAACGGCAAGGACGUGCAAUCGGCACAGACAACCCUGCUGUUAUCUCCAGACUCUACCAUCCUCGGCUCGGAGACGGGGAGUUCGAGUAUCAACAAAUCCGACGGAACAAGUCCGUGGCCGUCCUCGGCCACCUACGGUUCCAUAGACUCAUCACCAACAUCUGACCGAUCUUGCCCUACUCCAUGAGAUCCUCUUAGCAAGUUUUCAGUUUCUUUGGCUGUCUCUUCUUUUGAAUUUCAUUAAAUUGGCGGUUUCUUGUAUGUCAAUAUCAGAUACGGGCGGUGGGGACAGGAAGGGAGGCGUCCAGAUGCCUCAGCAAGGAGACUUUUUCAUGUUUUUGUAGAUGAAUGAAGAUGAACAACCUAAAA